UUUUGUUUCCGUCGUAGUUUAGGUUAUAAAGAUUAAUAUUAUUAUUUUUUCACCCUGUGUGCUCAACCCUGUGUGCCUUGUCUGGCUACGAUAAUAAACAGGCGCUUUUCAAUAAUUCAUUUUUAAUAAUAAAAAAUUAUUUAAUAAUAUAAUAUUAUUUAAUAAGGUAUCAUCAGAUUUGUGACCGUGAAAUCAGAAAGUAGUGUUUUUCUUGGUUUCAUUCAUGUGCUUUGUACAGUACUCGGCGAGAUUGCAGUAGACAUAUUAGAUGACUGGAUUAACUACCACGCGAAAACUUACACACCAAGACGCAAUCAUCAUUCUAUAGGAGACCGGAAUACAGGUGUCGUAUACAUUCCAAGACUGAGUGAUCAAGGCUACCUACGUCCGUUGAUCGAGUUCUCUUUUCUGAGUUCAGAUAACUGUCUACUGAUACUCUACAUUUUCAAAAUGCAUAAGUGUUUAGUAUGUGGCAAUAGAUCUAAUAAUACCCGGGUCAGUCGUCCGGGGGUUAUUUAUCAUGGAAUUCCCAAGGAUGCAUACAUAAGAAGAAAAUGGCUUAAAGUUUUUGGAAUUGAUCGUUGUUAUGAUUGGCAACGUGUAUGUAGUGAUCAUUUUUUAGAAGAAAACUAUAAGCCAGGAGCAAAGCGAUUUUUAUUUUCAAAUACUAUUCCCCAACCUUAUGAUCGAAAUGGUUUUCCUUCUAAUGGGAAAAAAAUUGAAAAUGCUGUUGUAAAUAAUUUUAAAUCAUCAAGAUGGCCAACUAAAUGUCUUACUAGAAACAAUGAGGAUAUGAGUUAUGAAAAUAUGCCGCUUACACCUGAACCACAUAGCAAUGUUUGUGAAAGGUUAUCAAGUGUUAUCAAGGACCGUACUUUAAAACUGGGAAUACGAUGUUCCAUUAAAAAUUGCUUGAACAGGCUUUCAAAGGAUCUCAGUCUCUUUGGCUAUCCUAAGGAUUUGACGCUGAGAAAAAAGUGGAUGGAAAAAUGCGGGUUAAAAAAAGAUCCUGAUAAAAUAGUAAUAAGUGGUACAAGAGUUUGUAGUGCUCAUUUUGAACUUGAUUGUUUCGUGAACACUAAAAUAAAGAACAGAUUGAAACCAGGCGCUGUUCCAUCGUUAUUUUUAGAUAAUGCUUUGCCUGUGUCAAUUAUUGAUGUGCCUGUAUUGAGUACAUGUGAAGAUCAAUUCAUAAGCCCAAUAGAAAAUGAAGCUGCUGAACAGUCAUUGUCAGAAAAAAAUAAUUUAAAAGCUUUGCCUAUGUCAAUUAAUGAGGUGCCUGUAUUGAGUACAUGUGAAGAUCAAUUCAUAAGCCCAAUAGAAAAUGAAGCUGCUGAAAAGUCAUUGUCAGAUAAAAAUAAUUUAAAAGCUUUGCCUAUGUCAAUCAAUGAGGUGCCUGUAUUGAGUACAUGUGAAGAUCAAUUCAUAAGCCCAAUUGAAAAUAAAGCAGCUGGACAGUCAUUGUUAGAAAAAAAUAAUUUAAAAGCUUUGCCUAUGUCAAUUAAUGAGGUGCCUGUAUUGAGUACAUGUGAAGAUCAAUUCAUAAGCCCAAUAGAAAAUGAAGCUGCUGAACAGUCAUUAUCAGAUAAAAAUAAUUUAAAAGAUAAUACAGAUAAUACUUCCAUGAUAAUUGACCUUACAAUUGAUGAUUCGUCUAAUAGUCCAUUGUCUAUUACUUUGGAACCAAUUGAAAAAAGAAAAAACUGCAAUGCUGAAGAUUUUUCAAGGGAUGAAGACGGGAUUAUUUUUAAAUUGUCUAAGGAAGUUGUACUUCCUAGUUUAUAUUGGAAGAGUGAACAUCUUAAUUCACAAAAUGCAACACUGUUUUAUGAACAAGACACUAAUGAUGUAACUGUCAAGAAAGUCUAUUUUGAUAAUAACCUUGUGCCAUCUAUAGAAAUAUAUGGCAAGAAAUAUGAAUAUACAACCCCUAUCACAACAAUGAAAGAGUUGGAAAAUCUCUUAGAAAAAAUCUAUCGAAUUGAAAAUGUUAUGGAUGCUGAAAAAAGAGAGUUUAUAUUACAACUAAGAAGAGAAAGGGCAGAAAUUAUGAAGAAUUCGUCAACUCAAUGUCACGUUAAAACAAUCAGGAAUUUCUAA